CGUUGCUGCUGGUCGGUCUCCUUGCCUUGGCCUCCCUUGCUGGCCGUCGCCCUUUGCUUUUUCCUCCCAGCCUGGAUGCCAACAAACUUUUGAGGCACGACCAAAAAGAGAAAGUCCCGUAUGAAAGAAGGGGAAAAAAAAGAAAGAUAACCGUUAUCCAACGGCCGUUCUCUCGAGGUCUUCUUACCCCGUUCGUGGCGAUUGUAGUCACUUUGGACUCGACCACGAAUCGCCUCAAAAGCUCCCUGGAUAGCUAGCAUGCGACGUCGUCAGCGACUGUCUGGGACCAAUCUCGUUUGAAACAGCUCAGGUGUCAUGCUUUUCCCUCCAAUCCCCCACUGCGACCGCCUGUGACCAAGCUCCCUGGGUGCGCCAAUUGGGCAUACCGUAUCGUUGGGCCAUCUCACCAUGCCUGGCCUGGAAAUCGUGAACACGUCUCUCGCCUCACCAGCGCAUCUGGACCCGCCCCAGUGGAGGGCCCACAAGUCUCUACGUCGCAGGCCAAAUGUCCUCUGGUGCCCACCAGUCAUCGACACCACGCCUGGAGGUCGACAUGGCCGCCCUUCAAAUGGCGCCUCUUCGGCAGCGACUCCCGUCCGUCCUCUAACGCCUCCGGGGGUCGCUUCAAGCGAAGAUCUCAGCAGCAGCAGCACCGGCACCAUCACCCCCAAGCCCUCACACCCACCCACCCCCGAAUCCACGCCCCCGCGCCUCGCCGUCCCGGUCUCUCGUCCGGGACUGUCGCACUUUGCUUUGUCGUCCUCCUCCUCCUCGCGCGCCGAAUCGUUUCAGACGGCCUAUGAAAUGAUCUCGGACGCCGAAACUGAGACUCCUCACCGUUCUCCUCCAUCAUUGCCGACUCGACAGAAAUCAUUGCGAACGGACGGACCUUUGGAGUAUGGUGACAGGAGUGGGGAAAGCACGCCAGUUCCCGACCCUCGUACUAAUCGUCUACCUACCUCUAUGAUGGAACCCCCGGUGCACCGAAGGAUGGAAGUUGACGCGGAUCGAAAAGUAUCGCCUCCGCGCCGACAAAAGUCGACCCGGGACGGUGCGCCUCGCAUCAUGCGUAUCGCAGACCCAUCGGAGCAGCGCUACGAUAUCAACGGAAUUGAUGCGCAGAGUGUACGCUCGAGCCUGCGGGAGCCUAUCCGGGACCCCCAGGAACCAGUUGGGGGCUUGUCGAUUGAGCAGUUCCGCGAAGAAAUCGGCUGGCCGCGCCCGGAGGAUCGGCCUCUUGCUACUGAGCAGGACGAUACACGUCGGCUGUCAGACGUGUCCACGUCUACAGUCGAGGUGAUGAUUAUCGACAGCCUACAGUCCACCCAAAGAUCCCUGCGCCACACCGAUAAGAGGGGCUCGCUACGUUCUGCUCCCUCUCCACAUCCCAAGUCCGACCAUCUAUCGCUCGCCUCCACCGAGUCGCAACAUCGUCUGGUCCACAAGGCUGGCCGGAUCACCGAGAGCGACCGCAAGAGCAUCGCCUCGGAGAUCUCAUUCUCCGGAACCUCGAGCCUGAACGUGCCGCCACAGAACGUGGAUGUGGUUCCGGUGGUUGUGAUCCCGGAGCGGCGCUCCUCUCUCAAGUCGACGUCGACCAGCAGAGAGACCUCGCAAAGUCGCUCGCGGCACUCGAGUCGACGAGGCCCGUCCGCGUCGCGAAGCCGGCCUGGCUCGCGCGAGCCCGCGCAUCGGAAGCGGCCGUCCGACACGAAUGUUAGCAUCGGGAAAGGCGCCGAGCCUCGUGGCCGCCACUCUGGCCGGCCGACGAUCCCCCCACGUGGCUCCUCGCUCUCUGCCCCGACCAGCCGGAACAAUUCACGGACUACCUCUCUGACCUCGGAAAGCCUGCGGGAUCAUGCCUUGGCGACGGAGCAGCCUGGCACCCAGGACCGCGCCCCCGAGCCGCCUUUGCAUCGGCCGGAAACUCUCGCUCGGGAGGACCUCCAUGAUGCGGCAGAAGAAUCCAAGACCCAAUCCAUCAUCAUUGGAGUAGAGGACAUGUCACACCUACGCCCACCCUCGAUGCCAUACACGCAGAUCUCGAUUCCGUCGUCCUCUCCCGGCCUGAUCGAAGUCAGCGAGGCGAGAACGGUGAUCUUCUUCCCCCACAACAAUGAAUCGCUGCUCCUCGUCGAUCCCCAAGGGCAGUCUGCACUUCACGGGCAAGCACCCGGGGUGGAUUACCCGGAGCUGCGCCAGCCACGGAUCGACGACUCACCCACCCUCCGAUACGAGAUGACUUCGCCGCUCAAGAACCCACGCCAGCCACCCAAACCACCCGUCUGCCAAGUUGUGCCACCAACCCCCGUCCAAGACAACGACCGUCCGCAGGGCAAAACAAACUCCCCAACCGAGCCAAGUAAACGCCCGGGCCGUCGGUUCGGCCCGGGUCGACGUCCUUGGAUGGGACGUUCUCGAUCCGACUCUUUCAACUCCUUCGUCCGAUCCCUCUCACUGACCUCCGUGAAGAACCGCAAAGCCGGCAAAGACGUCGACGGACGACUACAAUCGUUCUGGAGACCCCGUCGCUUCUGGGAUGACUCCGAAGCCGAGGACUCCCCGCGCUCUCCCGCCCAGAACCCAGAAGCAGAAGCAGAAGCCGACCUAGUCAUCAAGAACUCACUCGGCAUGCCCCAGCAGCGCGUCGUAUUCGAAGGCCCUUCCCUCCGCAGCCCCGACACCCGCCGCCGCCUCUUCUUCGACCACGCCGCCCGUCCGCAACCCAACCGCAACACCCUAGUAGGAAACAGCCAAGUAUUCACCCCGGAAGCCUUCUGCUCACAGACCUCACUCCACCACCCGCGAUUCCGAUCCCUGUCAUGGUGGAGACUUCGCUUCCGACCCGGAGGAAAGAUCCGGAACCUCCGCAAACGCGUCCGACGAACAUGGCAACGCCACGCCGAACACCGCCGCGAAGCAAAGCGCGAGAAACUGAAACAAAGUAUCGGCGGUGCGGUGCUGGUGGAAUCAAGCACCCAGUUGAAAAUCACAGAAUGAUUAUGAUAUGAUAUGAUAUGAUUAGAAUGUGUUUUUUUGGAAUUCCGGACUCGGACACGGAGUAUGGGCCAUAUGUUAUAUGCAGCUAUGAUUUGAUAUGAUACUAUGAUACGAUUACAAGCGUGAGCGUGGGCGUCACUCAUGAAUAUGAUAUGAUAUGAUAUGACUGAUGAUUUUAUUCUUUUGUUCUUGUUUGUAACUUUUCGAGCUUGUUCUGUUGAUUGAUUAUCUCUGUUUUCUGAAUCGGUUCCAGUCCAAUACAGACCAGGCUUAAUUGAUGAUUAAUGAAGAAGGAUAGACACCACGGUGCAUGGAUAUCAUUACAUGAAUCAUUUCUUCAUUGAGCAGAUCUUUCUAUUUUUUUUGGGCAGCGAAAUGUAUUCGUCCUGUUUUAUGAGUACAUAGAGAUAGGGGGGAAGUGCGUUUAUUUGCAUCAGUUAUAGCU